AUGAGACCGGAAGGCUCACAGGUCUUGCAGCGGAUCUUGAGCAACGCUCAGUCAGCAGAUGAUACCACCAGCUUCUUGGCUGUCAGGCGUCUGAAGGACAUCUUCUUGACCUACUUGGCUUCAGAUCAAUUCGUGCUGGAAAGCGCUGUUCACACCGCUGCAUUUGUGCUGGAGAGCGGCAUCAUGAAGCCGAUCAAGCAGGGGUUGGAAGAUAUUGCGGCAGGGCAGUCUUGGACUCUGACCUCGGAUCCUAAAGAGCUAGAAAGAAAUGUAGGCUCUGGUACUUCUCGCAACGUGUCUCUUGUGUUUCUCAAGCCGGUCACAUACCUGCAGGCUCUUUUUGGCUUGGCUAUUGACAAACGUACCGUCAAUUUCAUUUUGAAGGAGUUUCCUGCCUUGCCAUUACUUCUGAGAACAAUCUUCCAGAUGGAGACUCUGUCCAAGCUUCGAAAGAAGUUCCCUGAGCAGCGACCAGACCUGGAGACCAGAGAUGCGAUUGUCCGCACGCUCCAGAAGCUCUUUCUGCAAGAAAACAUCGCGCUAGAGACAGCUCAGAGCACGGGGUUUUUUACUGCAGUAUUGCAGUACGCUUUGGAAGCAGACUCUCCGCAGUGUCUUACUGACGCUAUCCGCCGGGUUGUUUGCCUCAUCCAAGCUGUCUGCAAUGACUUCGACGGGCAUGCCCUGAAGUCAGACCUCCUUCUUUUCGCAACCAAGGUCUUUCACAACCCCUCUGAGAAAAUAGAGAUUCUUUGGACCAUCAGGAUUCUACAAAAGUGCUUGCACGACUGUGUCCGCUUGCCAGGGGGCCCUUCCAGGCCCUUUCCCAAAAGUCCCCCCCUCAGAUCCUCGGUGCUGGCUUUGGUUUUGUGCGGAGAAUUUUUGGAGCCUUCAGACCACCGUUUUCUGGUUGGUUUCGCCUGCAUACUAAAGCACGGGUCGUUUGACGUGAUUGUGGAUCAACAAGAGACAGAAAUCUCAGCGCGGAAAGACCCGGUUGUGGUAGAAAUAGCAAAGCAGCUGCGAGCGAUACUAUCAGCAGACACCCCGGGAGAUCCGACGCUCUACGUCUUUCCUAAUAAGUCAAGGUACCAGAAAGCAGCAUUUGAAGAGGCGAUGAGAACGGGCUUGGUUGCACGGAGCAGGAAGUCUGCGAGAAGAUGCUCUGGCCCGGGGUGCGAAAAAGAGGAGACGAAACCGGGGGAAUUUCGGGUCUGCUCAGCUUGCAAGCUCGCUGUUUACUGCGGGCGAGGAUUCAGGGUCCGCUCGACACCCGUCUAA